AUGUCGGGGAAUUACGACUAUCCUCCUGCCUCUCGCCGUCCUUCUCGUGGAGCUCGAACCAAUGACCGACAACUACAGCAGCAGCAACAACAACAACAACAACAGCAACCUCCGGUGAAUCGUUUGCAGCAUCUCCGGGAGCUACUAACCUCGGAGCGUAACCGCGGUGACUUCGCCUUUGCCCGUGCAGUGGAGACCUUAAAUCAAGAGAUGGACGAUUACCGCUCUUCUCGUUCCUGGGACCGUUCUAGCUUUGAGCAAGCCAGGGCAGCCCUCGACCAGCAUAUGCAACAGCUCCAGGAACGAACGAGGCAAAGCCGUGCCAAUAGGGGCAGCUCGGGGCCGCCGAUGCGUCCGCGUCCAGCAGUACCAAGACUGCAGCCUUUGAAUGUUACAGCGGCGAACCCAGAAGAAAGCGCUUCCGAUCUCUCACAUUCUGAUAGCAGAACUCCAAGGCCCCGGGCGGGUAGGGGUAGCGACCGACCUAAUCGUCUAAGACGGCCUAGAGGUUCCAAUUCUUCCUCUCUCCUGGAUACGCCGGUCCCUCACUUAGACUCUCCCACCGUCAUGCCUCAACAGGUCGAAGAUGAACACCAGUUGGACCGCGCAAGGACCAAACGUCGAAAGCUUGAGACAGAUGAUAAUAGAGAAGGACUACAGGGCUUCCGCUACGGUCAAUAUGGCCAGGUGGUGCCUGGAGCACUUAGGAUGGAGUUAGCUAGCUGCGAUGGGGGAACUUAUGACCCGCACGGCGAGAGCUCACUUCCAGAGAAUAUUCUUCGCAAUGACGCUUCCGUAUACUGUACGAAAUCUGAUCGCUGCAAUCUUGUUCUGAAACACCAUGGGGAGUCCCCGUUCUGCCUGAAGAAGAUUGUAAUCAAAGCGCCCAGAUUAGGCUACAACUCCCCGUAUGUUUCGGCUGGGCUAGAAACCCCAUCUCAAACUGUCACUAACAAUUUCAAAAGGAUCCGGGAAGGCAUGGUUUUUGUAUCAAUGUCAUGUGAUGAAGCCCUAGCUCGUACAGCUGCUUUCGAAGUGCAAUGGGAAUCAACUCGACCCUUCGCGCGGCAUCUACCCAGCGGAAUGCAGCCAUCCCAGGAGUAUCUCAACGCAUAUCGACCUCCAUUGCAGAGUUUAGGUCGGGGGCCAGUCAUUAAUCACUCCUCGGAUUCAGAAUCAGAUAGUACUGAUGAACCCGGCGCUGUAGAACCUAGUGUUAGCAAUGUGCCAGACCCCACGUCCGAAUUUCGGGUCACAACUGAGUACGGUGUGCAGUCUGACGUACGUCAUGACCGGGAUGACCAUAUGGACGACGACGAGCUGCUCUCCCUUACGGAUACCGAUAGCAUUCCCAUGGGGCGGAUGGACGAGGACAAUAUAAUAUGCUCGGACAGUGAUAUGAGCUUAAGCGACGAUGAUUCAAAUGUCAGCACAUUUACACGACGUCAGCGAGAGCUAUCAAGACGAAUUCGAGCCAUGCGUCGCCGCUACGUCGCAGAGCGAGAUAGCCAAACAAGGCGACGACCAUACCUAGCCAUGCCAUCACCAGGUCUGCGCCCUGAAGGCACACGUGGCUCAGAGACUCCUCAACUAAUGAAACCACAUGCUCGCUUUUUCAUUGAGCGUAAUAAAAGCAUGGUCAGCAUCAAAUUCGAUCCUCCUCCCUCAGGACGAUAUAUCCUCGUCAAAUUAUGGAGUCCUCACAGCGGCAACAACAUAGAUAUACAAAGCAUCAUCGCCUACGGCUACGCCGGGACCAGAUUCUUCCCUGCCUUGAGUUUCAGAAAUGGCUAUUUAUCACUGAAUACAUCAAUCGUCAAAGGCCAUGAACAGAAAACACAGGAAGGAGGUCAAGAUCACUCAAUCCAGCAAAGUAAAAUACAAGCAAAGUCAUCAUCCAACGAAGCCCAGACUAGCAUUGCGCCCUUUUCCGCGUUGAGGUCACAUGAGUUGAGAGAAACCAGGCCCAAAAUGCUAUUAACCCAUGGAAUGGACAUGCACGUAUCGUUGCCGGAUGUUGAGUCCCAUACCAAAGGGAAGACCGGGAUCAACCCGCUAUUAGAUUUGUACGAUCGCCAACCUGCACAGACAGCAUUGCUGCAGGUCAACGUAUCUCGAAUCGAUGCUGUCAUUUCUCGUCUCUCGUGCAAAGAUCGUCGAACGCCGAGCUUUCCUCUGAAAUAG